AUGAGCUUGGCUACUGAUAAUUUAGUGGGCAUCAAUACAAAUCCGCCCCCGCCCGCAGCCCCGGGAGGAGGCCCGCAGCCGCCGGGGCCGGAGCCCGGGCCGGAGCGGGAGGGGCAGCAGCGGGUGGUCCCGCUCCGCCUGCGGGCCGGGAGGCCGCACGAGGAGCGGGCCCUGCCCCGCCCCGGCCCCGGCCCCGACACCCGCACCCGGGGCUCCCCGCACGGAACGCAGACUAUACAUAUCGACCAGGCCAGCUUCCAAGUAGAUGCUUUUGGAUCUUCCUUUAUUCUCGAUGUGACCUUAAACCAUGAUCUGCUGUCUUCUAAAUACCUGGAGCGACAUAUCGAACACGGAGGAAAGACUGUGGAAGUUAAAGGAGGGGAACACUGCUACUACCAGGGACACAUUCGAGGACAUCCUGAGUCACUUGUGGCAUUGUCUACAUGCCAUGGGCUCCAAGGGAUGUUCUCCGAUGGGAACCACACAUACCUUAUUGAGCCAGAAGAAAAUUCUACCUCUCACGAGGACUUCCACUUCCAUUCAGUUUACAAAUCCAAGCGAUUUGAAUUUCCUUUGGAUGACCUGCCAGCUGAGUUCCAGCAGAUUAACGUCACGUUACCAAAAUUUGUUCUGAAGCCCAGAAACAUAAGGAAAAAAAGGCAGGUUCAUCGGCAUCCCCGGAAUGUGGAGGAAGAAACAAAAUAUGUCGAGCUCAUGAUAGUGAACGAUCAUCUGAUGUUUAAAAAACACCGGCUCUCAGUUGUGCAUACAAACACCUAUGCAAAAUCAGUUGUGAAUAUAGCAGAUUUAAUCUAUAAGGAACAACUCAAGACAAGGAUAGUGUUGGUCGCCAUGGAAACCUGGGCGGCGGACAACAAAUUCACCAUAUCGGAGAAUCCCACGGUGACCUUACGGGAGUUUAUGAAAUACAGAAGGGAUUUCAUCAAAGAGAAAAGUGAUGCGGUUCACCUGUUUUCGGGAAGUCGCUUCGAAAGCAGCCGCAGUGGAGCCGCUUACGUCGGUGGAAUCUGCUCCCUGCUAAAAGGUGGAGGAGUGAACGAAUUUGGAAAAACGGAUUUAAUGGCUGUUACACUGGCGCAGUCAUUAGCUCAUAAUCUUGGUAUUUUCUCAGACAGAAGAAAGAUAGUAAGUGGUGAGUGUGAGUGUGAAGACACCUGGUCUGGUUGCAUAAUGGGAGACAUGGGCUAUUACCUCCCGAAGAGAUUUUCCCAGUGUAAUGUGGACGAGUAUCACAACUUUUUAAAUAAUGGAGGGGGAGCCUGCCUCUUCAAUAAACCAUCUAAGCUCCUCGAUCCCCCAGAAUGUGGCAAUGGCUUCGUGGAAGUCGGAGAAGAGUGUGAUUGUGGUACGCAGGCUGAGUGUGCUAUUGAAGGAGGAGAAUGCUGUCAAAAAUGCACACUGACUCAGGACUCUCAAUGUAGUGAUGGGCUCUGCUGUAACAACUGUAAGUUUCAACCUAAAGGAACCGUGUGUCGGGACGCCGUGAAUGAUUGUGACAUUUCUGAAACCUGCACAGGAAACACCAGCCAGUGUGCUCCAAAUGUUCAUAAAAUGGAUGGAUAUUCAUGCGAUGAUUCUCAGGGCAUUUGCUUUGGAGGAAGGUGUAAAACCAGGGCCAGGCAAUGCAAAUACAUCUGGGGUGAGAAAGUAACUGCUUCUGACAACUACUGCUAUGAGAAACUCAAUAUUGAAGGCACCGAGAAAGGUAACUGUGGCCGAAACAAGGACACUUGGAUACAGUGCAACAAACAGGAUGUGCUUUGUGGUUACCUUCUCUGCACCAAUAUUGGGAAUAUCCCCAGGCUUGGAGAACUGGAUGGUGAAAUCACAUCCUCCUUAGUCGUUCAACAAGGAAGGACGUUGAAUUGCAGCGGUGGACAUGUUAAGCUCGAAGAAGAGACGGACCUGGGCUAUGUGGAAGACGGGACUCCGUGUGGCAAAAAAAUGAUGUGUUUCGAACGCAGAUGUCUCCCUACUGAGUCUUUCAACUUCAGCACCUGCUUGGGGUCUAGAGAAAAUGUCAUUUGUUCAGGACAUGGAGUUUGCAGUAAUGAAAUAAAGUGUGUCUGUACUAAGUUCUGGACGGGAGCCGACUGCAGUAUUUAUUUCCCUUACAAUGAUGGGUCAAAAGAUGAUGUGUUUCAUCCCGGCAAUGGUGUUGCCAGCACAAAUAUCAUAAUAGGGAUAAUAGCAGGCUCCAUUUUAGUGUUGGCACUCAUUAUAGGAAUCACCGCAUGGGGCUACAAGAACUACCGAAAACAGAGACAAAUACCCCAGGGAGAUUUUGUAAAAAAGCCUGGAGAUGCCGACUCUAUUUAUAGCGACAUGGUUCCUGGAGUCAGCACAAACUCAGCAUCUAGUUCUAAGAAGAGAUCAAAUGGACUAUCGCAUUCAUGGAGUGAAAGAAUCCCUGACACCAAAAAUAUUUCUGAAAUCUGUGAGAAUGGACGGCCCAGGAGUAAUUCGUGGCAAGGUAAUGCAGGAGGCAACAGAAAGAAAAGUAAAGGCAAAAGAUUUAGACCCCGGUCUAAUUCUACUGAAAGGGAGCCCCAAGCAUUCGAACCUGGGCCCCCCCUCACCCAGAAAAUCCCAUCCCAAGGCAUAAGCCCAGGGCGUCCUGACGCCCCAGAGGCAGGGAGUCAAGAUCACAGAACAUUAUCUCCUGCCAAGUCUCCUUCUUCAUCUACUGGAUCCAUCGCCUCAAGCAGAAAAUACCCCUAUCCGAUGCCUCCACUUCCCGAUGAAGAAAAAAAGGAGAACAGACAAAGUGCCAAGCUAUGGGAGACGUCCAUCUAAAGCCACUGUUUACACAGCACACACUCGAACUGUUUACGUCAACUUUUAUAGAUGCUCAGCGCCCCUGAGUCACGGUAUGUUACCUGCUCUUCACACACAAUGUUCGCUCUCUCGUCCGGUUUCCUUUUGGAUUUGCUGGGUGUUCAAGGUCAACCCACCACGAGACAACUGAAGCGACACCAGAUACUUUGGGUUAAAUGAACCGGCUGUGACAAAGAUAUUCCUUGAGACCUGCGUACUGAAACUAUCAAAAUUAAACUCCCUGCGCAAAUCUGACAGGUUUAUCCUGAGGAUAACGUCGAUCCGGGAAGAGUGCAUUCAGAACUCAAGCCUCUGAGGUCUGUUCCCACUGAAGUAUGUGCAUGAACCUUCUUUCACUUUAUUUUCCCCAUUUUCAAGGACAAAAUAGUUCAGUAGAUACUAGCAUGCAGGGGUAAGAAAUAUAGGGUUUUUCUGCCGGACUUCAAGCUUUAGGAGACCAAUAGCUAACCCGUACUUUGGAAAGUUCAUUUUACUUUUACAUUCUCGGCACACAAAGGGCAAUGUACACGUGGAAACAUUAGAAAAUCAUGGGAAAGCAAGCAUCACCGUCUCCAUUGGGCCUUUAAAAUUUUAAGCCAAUGACGUUGUAAACCUUGGCUACCGGGACAGUAAAGAAGUUUCUCAGAAAUCACGACUUGACCAGAGUACACAAUGUCCCUUUAAAGUGUGGGUCGGGAAGAUGUGAUUUUUUUUGUUUUUGUCACUGUUCAAGAAAGCAGGUAGCAGAGAUGAGAGUUAAGCAAAACAGACCAAAGAAACACAUCAAUGACAAAUGGCCCCGAGUUGCUUUCACCAACUGUUUCAGGCACUGUCCCGAUAUGUGACUCUGCAGGUGGGUUAGUCAUGUAAGCAGCAGCAGCUGGGCAUUUAUAAAACCCCACGUGAAAACUCUGAUGUUCUGAAUCCUCAUCUUCAAUUCAAGGAAAAAUUCAGAAUUGAAUAGGAAAGAGUAAUGCACCUCAGUCUUGGACUCGUUUUCGAAAAGCAGUGGAUGUAGUGAACUGUUUGGUUUGGGGGUUAUUGCUGGGUACCUUAUGAAUCUUAAUUUCCUCCUUUAGCCAUACUUUUUUUCUGUGUCAAAUGAACAAUCUGGGAUCAUUUUCAAAAUCGCCCUUUUUAAAUUUGUUCCCUCACAGGCAUUUUCUUCCUCCGAGUCUGUUCUAUUUUCAGGAGAAAAUUAAAUGUGCCCUGCUGCUACUUUUCAACCCACACAAUUUCCCGUGAUCUUCAUUCCAUCUGGUGGGUAAAGAUUUAGGAGAAUAAGCAGUGUGAUUUUAAUGCGAUGUAGCUAUCUCUGGGCUGACUGUUAGAACCCUGCCAAAACGUUGUCAAGUUGUCUCAUACAGAGAAGGGGAGACUGAACAUUUGAAAAAAUGGAGCAGGUGACCGAAAUCCCUUCUAUAGGCAGUAAAGAGUCCUUGUGAAUGUUUGAAAGAGAUUCUAGGGGUGAGGAUAGUUUACCGUGGAUUCCUCAAGCUAUUGUACUUUUAGUGCCAGAGGGCUUCAAAGCCAUCAGUUCUAUCUUUCUUUCUCUCCUCCCAUGCCUUUUUGGCAUUUCUAUGAGUUUAAUUUUUUAAAAAAACAAACCACCAACCCACAAACGCCCAGCACAGGACCGGCAGAACAGGGUUGAUUCUGCAACACUAGAAUUCAGCCAGUUGUCGCCAGAGACGAGGUUAAAAUGUUUAAUUGUGAUCUCCAGUGCUUAAUACAGUGCCUGGCAUAUAGUAAGCGCUUAACAAACACCGUAAUUAUUAUUAUGAUCUCCAUGGAAUUUUACAGGGAGCAGCGGGCCUCCCAAACUGCCAAUGGGCUUAGCUCACUCCUUUCAUAACUUCCCGUGACUUAUUCACAUUGGACUUUAUUCCCAGUCUAUCCCAGAGCAUCCAUAUCCUCAGUCGGGCAGUCUGAGAGAGGCUUCUCGCUGCCUAAAUAAUGACUGAUUGGCACACAAGCACUGGUAUUCAAUUCCUCUCUGUUUUCAUCCAGUUUGGAUGGGCUUGGGUCAGUUUUUCUCUCUCUCCCUCUCUUCCUCCCUCAUUCUAUCUCUCCCCCCUCUCUUCUCCCUCUCCCUUUCCUUCUCUGUCCCUCUCCUUCUCUCUCUUCCUCCAUUCCCCUCUCCUUUCAGCACCAUGUCCUGAACAGAAGUAGUCUCCCUUAAAAAGGGCCAACAAUUUCCCACAGUGACCCCCAACUCUUCCUAGACCCUGCUUUUCAGGGUUUUCCACCACUCUGGCCCUGUGACUCAGGCCUGGCAACCCUCUGAGUUUAACUGUCUUUGAGGUGUUAACAGAGUCGUGCUGGGUAGAUCAUACCGGAUUUCAGGUGCUUUAGCAGCAAACGUCUGUCUAUUUAUGAUUUUCCUCAGAGACACUGGGCAAAUCUCCUUUCCCCAAAUACCAACCUCCUUACAUAAAUAUAACCCCCUUCUAUCCCAUCUAAGCCAACUACAACCAUUAGAGAUAUUUACCAAGUUUUAAACUCUAAACCAAGUCUAAAGUUUAAGGUCAGAGUAGAAAUUCUUAAAAAUAGGCUAGCUCUAGACUCGCAAUUCAGGACAGUUAUUCUGAGUUCGUUGAUUCAGUAGAAGUACAAAAAAUCCUGCUCAAAUAGAUCUGUAUAUCACUGCCUGGUUCUGAAUCCUUUUUUUUUUUUGUAAUCCAGCACAGAGUGAAACUUGGUGUCUAUGACCACCCUUUCUAAUGGGAAACUAUUACACACCACACCUACCAUUUUGUACAGGAUUUUUUUUUACAAUGCCUAACUACAAAAAAGGUUUCUUUAUAAAAAAAAAAAAAACAAACUGCACUUUUUUUAACUUUUCCCGAAAUAGAAUCCCAGCCUAUGAUCCUUUCUUUCAGAAACUGGGACUAUUGCAUCAUGAUAGUAAUUAUUCAUUCACCAGUGUAGAUUUGUGCUAGUAUUUUACCGCCACUCGUCCCCAUCUAUAAAUAGUUGAAGCCACCCUAAGGUGAAGUUUUCGUAACAGCAUGGAAAAAUACAUGCUUUUAGUGUGGUCUGGCAAUUAAAUAUCUGUAUAACCCUAGAUAUCCAUCCUAAGACAUCAAGUUUUCUCUGCUACCCAUUCCAGGUUCUUUCUCUUUAAAUUAAAAAAAGUUCUGGUAUACACCAACAUGAAAUAGAGCAUCGCAACUGCUUUUUUGAGAGUAAUUUCUGUUAUAGGAGCUGCUCAAAGUUAUAUGUUCUUCAUCGUAGCUGAACACAAUAUUGCUGCUUUUAAGAGUAAUCUAUAAGAGAUCCUAAAUACUUGCACAAUUUUAUUAGUAUCCACUUCUGAGGCUAAAUAUGACACUAUGGUUUUCUAUGUUACUAUUAUUGUAACAUCAAUAAAGAGACUUUGUGUUUCAUUUGA